AUGAGUGUUAUUCUCGUUGUAACCAGCAUCUGUGUGGCCGUCACCAUGGCAGCCUAUCUGUCUCACACCCCAGUGCCCCCUAACAGGUCAGCAGCGGCUAGUCUGGGUCUGUGUUCACCUCGGGAUAGAGCGUCCGAGCGGCUGUUUCUCAUGAGCAAGGAUGUAAGGAUCCCGCCCGCCCGCGCCUCGCUUAACCUCAGCGGCGUUCACCUGAAGGUGGCACUGUGGUCGUGUAGUAACAACACCGAGAUCACUCUGGGAUCGCGAGUUCUCCAAGAGCUGUCUACGUUCAUGUACUUCACUUACACCGUCACGGCACGCUGCUACGGCUUCAACGGCAUAGUCGCCGGGAUGGCCGCGGGAGAGAUAGACAUGGCAGCGUAUCUGCGAAUUACGGAGCAACGUCAGAGAUUCGUCAGCUUUCUGCAUCCACUCGCCGAGUCCCGUUACAGCUUCGUGAUCCGGGCCGAGAGGGUGCGAGAGGUGGCGCCACUAACGAUACUCGCUCCUUUCCACUAUAGCACGUGGCUGUUCGUGUUUGGUUACUUGCUUGCUUGUGUAGCGACGUUAACGCUGUACGAGGUGUGGAGAACCCCGGGUCAAGGGAGAAAGCCCGGGAGAGCAGAGAGGAGCUGGAUGGAGGCGAGCGGCAGGUACGUGAUGUUCAAGCUGGGAUCCGUGCUGCAGCAGGGCGGCACGUAUAACGCUGUCGACAUGCCGUCACGGAUGCUGGUCGGAUGGUGGUGGCUGUUUGCUUUGGUCAUUACAGCGACCUACUCUGCCACGCUGGUCAGCCAUCAUUCGAUAAAAACCAUCAACCCUUUUCCGUUUACUUCACUGCAAGAGGCCACCACCAGUCCCCUGGCACCGCUCGUCUAUCGCGGCCAAUCGGAAGAACAGCUUCUUUCCACUAGUGACCCCGAAUCUGACCUUGGCCGCUUGUGGCGCCGCUUAGUUGACGACGGAGGAUUCGUCGAUUUAGAAGAGGAGGCGUACGAGCGCGUGUUGUCCGGUGGUUACAGCUUAAUCAAGGACGAGGCCAUCUCCAUCCAGUUUUUCGCCAGAGAUUACAAGCAGCACGGCUACUGCCGCUAUACCCUGGCUCCCGUCUACUUCUACCCCGGAUACCGAGGCCUCGCCGUGCCCAAGCACUUUCCUUACACGAAGCAGCUUAACUACGGCAUUCAGACGUUGUACGAGCGAGGAUUCAUCAAGGAAUGGAGCAGGAACGCGUUGCCAGAGGGCGCUCACCACUGCCUCCACUUUCCCCCGCCCGCCGUCGCCGCCGGCACGCUUGCCCUCCGUCAGCUGCAGCCCGCUUUCAUAAUGUUAGCCACAGGCUUAGGUGUCGCCACCGUCUGUUUCCUGCUGGAGGUUGCUGCCCGCUUCGCUGCGCCACGGAACGCGAUCUGCGCCACAGGUGACGCCAGUAGCGCAAAUGUGAGCAGUGUAGGUGGCGCCACCGAGACUCGCAUCCCGCUCUCGAGCUUUCGUAGCUGCUCCGGCUGCAACAGACACUAA